GUUGACAAGACGACAACUCACUCAAUUUCUGUUCUGCUGAACGCGCGACCGAUGUAUUCCCAUGCUUAAAUAAUAAUUUUACUUUGUGCAGUCGUCGUUGCAAAAACCUUAUAAACUUUAGUCAUUUAUUUAUUUUUUUUCACAACUAUAUAUAUAUAUAUAUAGGUCUAUAGACACAUAGCUUCCUGUUCGUCGACGACGUCGUCGAUUCGACGAAAAGAAACUCGAAGUGCGCGAAUUUGCAUUUGUGUGUUGCAGAUUAUUUUUUGCACCUGACAAUGUACGUGUUUUCGAUGUCGCCGAAGCCGUUGAGCGUUGCGAUCAAAAAAAGCUUCACUCAUACGAAAUACUUCAAUGUCUGGCAGAGAUAUAAUUUUUCGUCUCAACGAAUACCUCCUGAUCUAAAAGAAAAUAAGACAAGCGUCACAUCAUUUCCACCGUUGACAGAACCCAUCCAGAAUUUGCCAAAACCUAUUUACUCCACUGCAAAGGAAGAGCAUCAAACGACACAAAUCACAGUUUUGCCAAAUGGGUUGAAAGUGGCGUCAGAGAAUCGUUUCGGACAAUUCUGCACCAUAGGUGUUCUUAUUGAUUCUGGCCCGCGAUACGAAGUGGCAUAUCCCAAUGGCAUCUCUCACUUUCUUGAAAAGUUAGCAUUUGGUUCUACAAAUAUGUAUGACAGCAAAGAUAAAAUAAUGCUGGCAUUAGAGAAACACGGUGGUAUAUGCGAUUGCCAAGCAUCUCGUGAUACAUUUGUCUAUGCAGCGUCAGCAGAACGUCGAGGUUUGGACAUAGUAACCCAAGUUCUUAGUGACAUUGUCUUACGACCUAAAAUUACAGAGGAAGAAGUACGAAUUGCCAGGCAAACGGUGCAAUUUGAGUUAGAAUCUUUACACACUAGGCCGGAACAAGAACCUAUUUUGAUGGACAUGAUUCACGCUGCUGCGUACAGAUACAAUACUCUAGGCUUGCCUAAGAUCUGUCCAGAAGAAAAUAUUGAGAAGAUCAACAGGAAGACACUGCACACGUAUCUGAAGCAUCAUUACGUGCCGAGCAGGAUGGUAGUCGCCGGAGUUGGCGUUGAACACGACGAUUUGGUUCACGCCGUUAACAAAUAUUUCGUAGAUCAGAAGCCUAUCUGGGAGGAGCAAACUGAUCUUGUUCUAUCAAACAACGAGAAUACCGUCGAUAGAUCUAUCGCGCAAUACACCGGAGGAAUUGUCAUGGAAGAAUGUAAUGUUCCUAUUUACGCGGGACCCAGUGGUCUGCCCGAACUAUCACAUGUUGUCGUAGGAUUGGAAGGCUGUUCCCAUCAGGAUCCGGAUUUUGUCGCUAUGUGCGUCUUAAAUAUGAUGAUGGGCGGUGGUGGUAGUUUCAGCGCCGGUGGACCCGGAAAAGGCAUGUACACGCGUUUAUACACCAAUGUAUUGAACAGGUAUCAUUGGUUGUACAGUGCGACCGCGUACUAUCACUCGUACGCUGACACCGGUUUGUUUUGCAUUCACGCCUCGUGCACACCAUCUUAUGUGAAAGACAUGGUGGAAGUAAUUGUGCACGAGAUGGUCGCCAUGGCACGAGGAGUCUCGGAUACCGAAUUAGCGAGAGCGAAGAAGCAAUUGCAGUCAAUGCUGCUCAUGAAUCUGGAGCAGCGGCCCGUUGUUUUCGAAGAUAUCGGUAGACAAGUUCUGGCGACCGGUUCGAGGAAACGACCGGAAUACUUUAUGCAAGCUAUUGAAGCAAUAUCUAAAGAGGACAUCAACAGAGUGGCGCGGCGAUUGCUGAAGGCGCCGCCUUGUGUGGCCGCACGCGGAGAAAUCAAAUCCGUACCGUCUAUCGCCGACAUCUCCACCGGCUUGCUCGAUGCGCAAGGUCGGUUACCCGGUUCUCGCAACAGACUAUCACUUUUUCGUUAAAGUCAUAAACCAAGUAUUUAGACCGUUUUCUUAUCUUAAAUAAAAAUGUCGUUUAACUAUAUUCGACUAUGGAAGUACUAAUUGUGACAACUUUGUAACUGACUGAAUUAAACUGUGUAAUUAAUAGAAUCAAAUUAAUUGAAAGGAUGAAGUGAUUACGAAGUUUUUAAACGUUUUAACAUGUCGUCGUGUUAAUACGCGAACUGUAAUAUAUACUAAAAGAGUAAUGAUAUAGAUUUAUGAUUUUUUGAAUUAGAGCUUGUGUGAUAUAAAUUAUCUUCUAUUUACUGUUAUCUUGAUUUUGUGUACAUAAUACGAGGAUAAUUUAUACAAGUUAUAAAAGAAGACUCAGAAAUAUCGAAAUAAUUCAUAUCUUAUAUUUUUACUGUUCAACAGCACAAGAGAAAGUAAAAACUGUGCCGGAAGCGUAACACGCGAGUAACAAGAUUGAGAUUUAAGUUAAAUUUGCACAGCGAUAUUAGAUUCCAUAUUGAACGAAGUGUUUGUUAUCGAAUUCAUCCUACGAUCUCUAGCAAUAGUCCGUCAACAAAAACUGUUUAUAAUCUGUUAUAAAUAAUACUAAUAAUAGUGUAUAAAGUUUAUAUAAAUUAUACAAAUAUA